AUGCCGGACAGGAACCAAACUAGCACUAAUGGAUUUAUUCUUCAGGGAUUUUCAUGUUACACACAGCUAUGGGUUCCAUUGUUUUGUUUAUUUCUGCUGGUUUACCUUCUCACCCUACAGGCAAAUGUACUUAUUUCAGUAGUGAUUUACAAAACCUCUUUAUGGCACACCCCUAUGUAUUUCUUUCUAUGUAAUCUAGCAUUUAUUGAUAUCUUUACUACCUCGAUCUAUCAGCCAAAAAUUCUUUCUGUCCUCUUAACGGAAGACAGUACAAUUUCUUUCAAUGCCUGCCUUUUCCAGUUACACUGCUUUAUUUCUUUGAUAUGUGCUGAAUUUGUUUCAUUGGCUGUCAUGGCAUAUGACCGCUAUGUUGCUAUUUGUAAUCCUUUGAGGUAUAUGACUGUACUGAACAGAAGAGUUUGUGUUAUAUUGGUCAUCACUUGCUGGAUCGUUGCUUUCACAGAACCACUGCCACGCACAAUGCUUAUAUCACAAUUACCGUUCUGCAGAUCCCUGGUAAUAGACCAUUUCUUUUGUGAUCUAACUGUAUUAAUAAAGCUAUCUUGCAGAGAUACAUCUUUAAUUGAGUUGUUGACAUAUAUUUCAUGUUCAGUUAUAGGACUUCCUGCCUUUGUUCUCAUUGUAUCAUCUUACACCUGCAUCAUCUUCACUUUUUUAAAGAUCCGUUCUGCUACAGGAAGGAAGAAAGCUUUCUCCACUUGUACAUCCCACCUUACUGUGGUCAUUCUCUUCUGUUGUAGCACAUUGAUCACUUACAUGAUUCCUUCAUCCCAAUAUUCAUCCACUCUGUCAAAACCAUUUUCCUUUCUCUACACUGCCCUAACCCCCUUAAUCAACCCUUUCAUAUACUCCUUACGGAACAAAGAUAUCAAAUGCUGUCUUUCUUGGCAGAGAUGUGUUACUUUAAUACAUUGUUAUUUGUUACUUUAA